GAAACUCCAUGUUUUCUCAACAUGAUGCGUCAACAUGAAAAGCGGAUGAUGAUGUUAUGUAAAAAAUGCUAAAGUAGUCGCAGUUUGUUAAAUGCGAGUAAAAUAUUUAUCCCGCGGCGAAUUCCAACUGCUAUUCCAGUUUCCGCAGCGGCACCGACGGACUGUUCCCCGCUCGGCCGCGGACAGAUCCGCGCCGUUCGGAGAGGAGCUCCAGUGGAGCGGAGGAAGAUGAUCGCAACUCGACUGAGUCGUCCGCUGGUCGCUCUCCCUCCCGGGGUCCAAACACCUGACCACCACCCCUCCUGGAGGAGUAGCAGCCGGAGGGGCUUCUUUAGUGGACGUUUUACUCGGAACAUAACUAUCUAGCGUUUCUUCAGGAAAGAGAAAAACACUGAAAGUGGCUGGAGACUUAAUUCAAGCGACCGAGGACACCGUGAGAACCGAGGUAAAGCGGGGUCAGAGCCCGGCGUGCUGGGGGUGUUGGCACGCUGAAGGAUCAACUUGCUUCUACUGGUAAAGCGCCUGGUCCUCAUGCGCAGCGGCAGCAGCCUCGCAUGAUAUUAUCUCCAGCAUGCCACUUCGGAAGUAGGUCACCGUUUACCGUGUUGCCGUGACUCUGGCUGCUGGAGGAUAUUCGCUCCCACGGAUCGUCUCGCAGAUCGGCUAUAGAAACAUUUUCAAGCAGGGAAAAAACCUUCGGAUCUUUUCCUGGUCCGUAGACCCAUCGCGAUCGGGACUCGAGGGGUGUUGUGGGCCCAGGUGAUGAUCCAUGAACAUGCCCAUGGAGGGGCUUCUGUGAGCUGAUCCACCACAGCAGGCCUCGGGGACAAGGCAGCCUCGCUCGGACCAUGGUCAGAGCUCAGCCCAAGCGGCCUCUGCAGCGAGGAAAGGCUACAAAGGAACCCAAGGGCAGCAUACGAGGAAGGAAACAGAAAGAGAGGAACAAGCACAGGGCGAGGAAGAGGAAGGAGACCAAGGGGAGCCGGAGCGGGAGACGGAAGACGCCGGCGUCGGGCGAUGGCGACGCGCUGGACUGCCACGUCGUGCUCUCGCGUCUGGAGGAGAGGAGGCUCCUGGGUAAGGUGAAACCCGCCUCGAAGGGAGCCAAGCUGAAGGCUGCGAAGGAUAAACGGAAGGAGCCACCCGGCCCGGCUCCGAGGAGGACCAAGUCCCACCGGCCGCUGAAGAGGACCUCCUCUGUCGCCGAUCAACGAGCAGCAGAACCAGAACCCGGUCCGUCGGAAGUUCCGCCCCCGCCGAGCCCGGCCGCGUGGGAGCCCCGGCGGAGGAGGAUGGCCUCCCUCAACGCCGAGGCCGUCAACAGCCUGCUGCUCCACCGAGCCGCCGGGCAGCCCAAGAGGGCGCAGCAUGCCAGCCGACGCCUCGCCGCCGACGCCUGCCCCGCCGAGGCCCCGGCGCCAGAGGAACCUAAAGGAGAGGCGGUCGAGGAGCCCAGCCUGGUCCCUGAGGCCAACGCCGGCGGGAGGCCGCGGAAGAAGAAGGCCAGGAAGGAGCCGGAGAACAUCGACUGGUCGGCCGUGUUCACCCCGGCUCCCCGCCGCCAGGCCGGGCUCACCGCCGCCACGCUGCUCAAGCUCACCAGCGCUCCGUACGGAAACCGGCGGCAGAAGAAGACGACGACGACGACGACGACGACGACGACGACGACGGCGGAGGCGGCGGCGGGGGCCAGGGACACCAAGACGUCGGCGUCCCCACAGAAGGAGAAGGUCGGGGAGCCCCAGGGGGGAGAACCAGCGCAGACCCAAAGAUCACCACAUCCAAAACGCACCGAGCUCCAACUCAAACCCGGACCACAGGAGGCCAGGGAUCAGGCCGGCCCCCGGCAGGACUCCCCCGUCCCGACCUGCGGGGGCGUCUGCAAGAGCGAGACGCCGGACCACGAGGGCCAGUGGCGGGGGUCUCCGGGCGGGCAGGGCUGCUACAAAUGCGGGUCGCGGUGCGGCCCGGUGGUGGGGUUCUCCCUGAAGUCCAUCAAGGAGGAGCAGGUGGAGAGCGGCCUGGCCCCCUGCUACUGCUGCUCCCAGGAGAUGUGCAUGGAGUACUGCCACAGGCUCGCCCUGUUCCUCAAGGACAAGAGCUUCAAGGAGUCCGAGGAGGGCUCGCUGUCCAAGGUGUUCCACCACCACCACCACCACCACCACCACCACCACCACCACCACCUGCAGGCGCCCCACUCCCUCGCCCACCCGGCCGCCAUGUCCGACGCCCGCUUCCCCCACGAGUACACCUGCUGCCCCGGGUACUACGUCCACUUCAGCCACUCGGACGGCCCGCCCUCGCCCGUCGCCCCCGUCUCGCUGUGCCCCAGGGGGGGCAAGCGACCCAAGCUGAUGCCUGCCGCCGACCCGCCGGGCCCGGGGAUCUCCCGCCCGCUGUACUGCUGCACCUCGGUGGGGGCCUGCUACGGAGAGGCCUGCAGGGUCAGCGGCUACUCAGCCUACCCCCCCGGCGCGGGACGGACGGGCUGCUCGCUCUGCACCAACGACCAGCGCACCAAGUGUAACCAUGGCGUCAAGACCGAGAGCUUCUCCCAGGCCGUCGGGGACCAUCGCAGCCCCUCCUCCGUGCCCGUCGCCCCCAGCCCGCGGACCCUCACCGGCUGCCCCGUUCCCACCGCGCCUCCGGCCGGCCAAUCGGUGCCCCGCGUUCAGACCCCGCUCUCGGACCCCCGGGGGUCGCGGCCGCCGUCGCGGGCGGUCCAGGAGAGUCCUCGGAGCGCCGAGGGCCCCAGCGGCCCCCGGCCCGGGGCCCGCGCCGCCGCCGUGCCCGCGCUCGGCGGCGACAAGAAACACAAGAAGCCGGGCGCGCCCGCCGGCAGGGAGGACGACAAGAAGGGCAAGAGCAGCCGCCGGAGAGCCACCAACGGCUGGCUGCCCCUCGGCCUGUCCUACCAGAAGGAGGUCUUCACCGUGGAGGAGGAGGCCCCGGUGCUGAGGACCUGUUUCGAGGGGGUCCACCGGGACGGGGAGGUGAUCCGGGUCAGGGACACGGUGCUCCUGAGGUCCGGACCCAGGAAGAAGACUCUGCCUUUUGUGGCCAAGAUCUCCGCCCUCUGGCAGGACCCUGAGUCAGGAGAGAUGAUGAUGAGUUUGUUUUGGUACUACCGGCCGGAACACACACAAGGAGGCCACAACCCCAGCGUGCAUUGUGAGAACGAGAUCUUUGCCUCGCGCCACCAGGACGUGAACAGCGUGGCCUGCAUCGAAGACCGAUGCUACGUCCUCACACUGGCCCAGUACUGCCGAUUUUGUGCCUUGGUGAAGUGCCGUAAAGAGGGUCUCCGCACCAACGCCGCCUCCCUGGUGGUCCCGCCCACCUUCGCCCACGCCAUGCCAGCCCACCGCUGUGUGCCCGACGACGUAGACGCGGACCUGGUGUUCGUCUGUCGACACGUCUACGACUUCCGCUACGGACGCCUCCUCAAAAACCUGCAGUAGCAAUCCUCGUCCCGACAUGUUCAGUCCCUGGUUCUUUCCUCUCUUCCAGUCCCCACCUCCCUACUCUAUCACCGGCAUGAGAGACGGGAAAGCGCCCACCCCUGAGUCUCCAAUCUCACACUGACACUUCAGAGAUCAUUUAUCGUAGUAGGGAGUGUCCUAUGUCUAAAAGAACAAAAUAAGUAACAUGAAGAACAUUUGAGGGGAAUCUACGAACGGACAUGGCAUUUCGAGAACUACAAUGUGAAUACUUGGUGUAAUUGCUUCUUGGCACUGUAGUAAAGUGUGUGUGAGAGGACUGUACUGUUCUCUGCUGCUGUGAAGGAGAAACGCUGCAGCAGCUGUCAGGAUGAAAUGUGAGCCCUGAUAGAGCAGCGGUAUAGUGCUGAAAGAUGAAACAGGUAAAACUCCUCUCCGUCAGCAAUACCAGCUCCGAAGGUCUCAAUGAAGCACAUUAACUAAUGCAACGUGAGCUCAGGCCCACCGCUGGGCUCUUGAGUAAAACGAUUAGCAGCCCGCGAGGAAAAAGACGAGAGUCUUCUCAGAUGUAGACACGAAAGUCUUAAUCUCAUUUGAUUUGGAUUGCACUGCAGGCGUGGCCCGGCUGACGGCUCUGAGAAGGGGGGUGUCCCGGGACCUCUCGCCUCUUAUUGCUAGAAAGAACCGGACUUGUCUCCAGGAAAAGAUGUGAUGCGUCCUUCACUUCCGGUCGGUGUUGGGAAACACGCCGUAAAGGCAGCGGACCGACCAUCGAGCCUGCGCUCUACUGCUGGAGUCAAGAUGAAUCCAGUUUAAUCUGUUUGGUUCAGCCAGUGUAAUCAUGGGGCCAAAGAGCCAUCCUACUUCAAGGAAUUCCUGUAUGGGAGGUUUUUCGUUGUGAUGCUAAUGCUAAAGUCUAUUUUCUGGUUGUUUAGUUUUUGCCUUCCCCCUAGCGGGCUGUAGAGGGGCGGAUCUGAUCCUAGUUUGGACCUGGAUCUGAUUCUGGAUCUGAUUCUGGAUCUGAUCCUGGAUCUGAUCCUGGAUCAUCAUUGAAUGGUGUUUGCGUUUCUAUAUCUGGGCAGAUGGAUCAGUCACAUGUUUAGUUGUUGCUUCCUGACUGAGACGAGGUGUACUUGACGUAGAUCUGAUGUGAUGACUCAUUCCUGUGUUUUCCAAAAAGAUAUGUAUUUAUUUCUUUAUUGAGAAGUUAUAAUUUAUUUUUUAAAAAAGGUCCAUUUAAAAAUGAUAUAUUGGAGAGCGGUAAAAAGGAAGACUUCAUUCCUGGUUUUGAGAAGGUGUUUCCCCUUUCCAGCUGAUCUGGCUUUAUAUGAUCUUCACAGUUAGGUGUCAGCUUCUUGCCAGAGACUUUACACUUUUAAACAGGGUCUUAUCAAACACGGCCUUUCCAUUUAACCCCUAACACUUCUUCAUGACAACAACGUGUGUCAAAAUGAUGAGAACUUAAAGACGUUUCUUCUUUGUUUACCUGACAUGCUCCUUUCAUUUAUGUUCUGCAUUUCGUGUGCUUCCUUGACCCUUAAGUAGACACUGAGGUUGUGUCCCUUACCCCUUAAAGUACUAUACAUGCUUGAGUUUGCUCCCCUGGUAGAAACAUGUACGCUGUUAGCCUUUACCCUCGCUUGUGCUGCCUUACUAAACAUUCCUGAGCUAGAGUUUAGCAAUGUGUUGAUCAUCCUACCUGUGCUAAAGCUUAGCAUCGUUCACCCAGUGUUCCCCAGCGGUCGCCCGGACUCCGGCGGGAAAAAACGCAGGUCUCCCCUGAGCCCAAACGCAGGUCUACCCUGAGCCCAAACGCAGGUCUCCCCUGAGCCCCAACGCAGGUCUACCCUGAGCCCAAACGCAGGUCUACCCUGAGCCCAAACGCAGGUCUACCCUGAGCCCCAACGCAGGUCUACCCUGAGUCCCAACGAAGGUCUCCCCUGAGCCCAAACGAAGGUCUCCCCUGAGCCCCAACCUGGUCUCCCCUGAGCCCUAACGCAGGUCCCCCCUGAGCCCCAACGCAGGUCCCCCCUGAGCCCCAACGCAGGUCCCCCCUGAGCCCCAACGCAGGUCCCCCCUGAGCCCCAACGCAGGUCCCCCCUGAGCCCCAACGCAGGUCCCCCCUGAGCCCCAACGCAGGUCCCCCCUGAGCCCCAACCCGGUCUCCCCUGAGCCCCAACCCGGUCUCCCCUGAGCCCCAACCCGGUCUCCCCUGAGCCCCAACGCAGGUCUCCUCUGAGCCCAACCCUGGUCACACCCGAGCCCCAUCCUGAUCUCCUCUGAGCCCCCCCACAGACUCAGAAUAAAGUCCAACAGAAGAUGGUUUCCUCUGAAGAUAACAUGAGGGAUAGAUGUGUGCUUGUCAGGCCCGCCUCUCGGUUCCCCUUCAAAGUGCACCAGAUAGAUCUGGAAGUUAAAGCCUAGAAUCCAUUUCUCCCGGGGGGCCUGGCACCAGACCCUGCUAAUGGACAGGCGGUCGCCCUCCACGCCACUAUUACCCAUAAUCCUGUGGGACAGCUGCCGGGGGCCAGUCCUAAUGAUCUAAUGGAACUAAGUUUGGUCAGCCAGAUCAGAACCCAAUAUGGUUCAGGGUUUUUAUCUUCUGUCAGUUUAGAGGCCAGUCUAGUAUCAAAAAUAAUUCCAUUAUGUUAUUAUUCCUACUUGAUUUGAAAAUCCACUUCUGUUUUAAACAGUUUCAAGGAUUUGAGUCCCGCCUUCUCUCUAAACCCGCCUUCUGAAUAAGCCAAAGGUCUUCAAGUUUAAACGCGCAUCUCCUGAUGAUCUGAAUCGGGUUAUCCUCUCCGAACUGAUUCCUCAGAACCCCGGUCAGCAAACACUGCAUAGAGAGUAGAGAGUAGGAUGGUCGUCUGGACUGCUUAGUCGUCCCUUCCAUGUUCCCAAGAGCGAGAAGUCCAUUAUAGCUGCCUUAGGAGUCACUAGAGCCACUAUGGUUUAUCAAGAUGUGUGACAUAGUCUUACACACCCCUUCCUUGUGCCUGUUCCAGUUAACCUGUAUUCCACGUUGUGAACAGAAGAUGAGCAAUUACUGUUAUAUGAAUGCACCUUCCAAAUAAUUUUAUUUUUGUCAAUGCUGUUCUGAUCUUGAAUCACAACGAAGAAAUGUUGUCUGUACCAAAAAGGAGUAGGGGAAAUCGAAAAAGAAAACGAAAAAAAAGUCCAACUUGUGCGACGUCUUUACUUAAUCAAGUGGUUUAUUUGUUGUGGAUUUAUAUUCCUCUUCUUAGCAUGGAAUUCUGAGAGCAUCUGGGAACUAUUAAUCACAGCACAGAUAAUUUGUAUGGUUUUAAAUGGAUUUAUGUAAUAUAAAAGAAAAUAUUUAAUUGUAAUAAAUAAUAUAUGAGUUUGAAAGAAA